AAUAGGAGCUAUUCUUAAAUGCGAAAAGUUCAAAGUCAUCCACGAAAGCGAAGUGCAAUGAAAGAUGGAGAAUAAACUUUUGCUGCAAUAGAUCCAAAAAAAGUCUUGGUGUCUCCUGCAACUUGCAUAUAAGAACGAAUGCCCUAUCUUCUGCUGAUCCAUGCAUUCGUUAUGUGUGCACAGUCCCAUAGUUUAAAAUUGUCUGACUUCUUUCCCAAAGUCAAACCCAGGAUAUGGAUGCAAGAACUGGGGUUUGAGGCGAAACUGGAGACUUCAAGCUCGCAACUUUUGAACUCAUGACCCAAAUCUCUCCCAAUAUAUAAACCACCUCCUCCCUCACCUUUUUCAUCUAACUUCAAUCUUUCUUUCUUUUUUGGGAAAUUUUGUCUCCUAAUAUUCUCCCACAAAGAAAUGAAUUCCGAGCACGUCGAUGAUUGGGAUCUGCAGGCCAUCGUCGGGGGGUGCGGCGUCGGCGAGACUUAUUACGACGUCACGGAUUACAUGGCGUGGGGGUCUGUCGCCGAUUUGCGACAGGAAGAGAUUCUCUUCGGCGGGUUUUCCGAGUUUGCCCAGACGUCAGCGCUCUUAGAUGAUCUGGAGCUGCUCUACAAGCCAUUCUAUCCGGAACCACCGUCCGUCUGCGAUGCAGCGUUGAAAUCCGAAGAAGUGAUUGAAGAGGCUGAGAAUAAGCCGAAGGAAGAAGAGUCCUUGACGGAUGCUUCAGCAACAAGCCAGGGAGUUCAUUAUGGUGAAGCUAAACAAAGGAGGAGGAAAAAUCAGCAGAAGAGGGAGGUGCACCAUGUGACGGCCAACGGGGUGUCGUCGGACAUGUGGGCUUGGCGCAAGUACGGCCAGAAACCUAUCAAAGGUUCGCCCUAUCCCAGGAGCUACUAUAGGUGCAGCAGCUCAAAGGGUUGUUUGGCAAGGAAACAAGUCGAGCAGAGCAGCUCCGAUCCUGGGGUCUUUGUCGUGACCUACACCGGCGAGCACUGCCACACCCGCCCGACUCGCCGGAACGCGCUCGCUGGCAGCACCAGGAACAAGUUCGCUUCCCCUAAAGCAAAGCAAUCCUCCAUAGUUAAAGGCAACAGGCACACGCCUCUAGCCGACAGCACACGCAACUCUCCGAGCCUGACCACCACUCGGUCUCCAACGACUCCUCCGCUCAUCGUGACUCAUUCUGAAGAAGACAAGGAGCAAUUGUCCAGCUGCGGGAGCGGGUCAUCGGGUGGGAGUGACGAGAUUAACCUCGACCCGACGUUGUUCUUCGGCAAUGAAAUGUUCAUGGGGUUCGAGGAGUUGAACGACAUGGUUAUGGAUCUAGGCCUUGCCGGCUGCAGCUAAAAUCACCACCGAAGAAGCACGAAACGCAGAACUCGUUCGCCAGGACAAGAUCAAUCAAUCAUAUCUUGUAGUAUUUUUGUCUAAGUGAUGACCGUUGUUCACGUUUGCUUCUCAAUUGUAAAGAUCGAAAAGGAAAUAGAAGAUCCAUAAUUUACGACA